CCAGUGGAUUAUCGUUUGACCGUUUUAGAACCUGUCGAACCUGUUAUUGACCCUCGAAAACCAAGAACAUUUACAUGCGUGCUUCUGGUUGGCACUCAGACACCUAAUGCGAUUCAAAACGAAACCAGAUGGUUGCGUAAUACAACAAAGGGUUUGGAACUUCUUGCGACCAACAAGAUCCGUGUUAGUGUUUAUACCAAACCCGGAGUUUACCAACCUCGUUGUGUUUCUAGCAGAAUACAGUUGGAUGUGUUCAAAGAAAUAAACUUUUUUGUGUAUCUAAACCAAUCAAAGCCAGAUGCUAGAGCGUUACACUUGUGCUAUGCAUUUUACCAUCAGUAUAAUUAUGUGCCAUCAGCACUGAUGAUGGCCCUGAUGCAAAUUCACGGUCACACUCCACCUCCUUCUGCAGGUCGUGCAAUCAUGCUGGUCCCGGAACCGAGAAAGCCCUUCUACGUGUUUGGUGAAAAUACGUCGGUCUCGUUUCGCAUGGCCUACAUAGAUGCCGAAACUGAUCUACUAACAUUCAUGAAUCGUACCGAUCUGAGCUGUUUGAUUCGGGCACCAAUGUACUGGGAGGUGUGGAAAAACCAAUCACCAUUCUAUUUCCGAGGAAAUCUAUUAGCCUUGAAUGUGAGUGAAACGUUCCGGUACUCUGGGUUCUACCGAGUUCAGUGUCAACUUUUUGAUGGCACUUUGGAUCGAAAUACAGAAAUUCAAUUGAUUAACCCUAAAGAUGUUUAUUUGGAAGUGAUAAGGCCGGAAUACAACCAGCACAGCCCUAACCUGACAGGUAACUAUGAAUGCCUACUGGUCGGCAAAAUAGGACUGGAUUUGUAUACCGUGAAGAAAGAACCCGUGUGGAAGCAAAUACGCGGUAGUUACGUGAAUAUCAUAAAUAAUACAUUGGUUGUGGACAAAGACACCGGUUCUGGACAACACGAAGUGGAAUGUGUGUACGAAGAAGUUGGAAUUCGGCUGAAUCACACCGUCCGAUUCACCUAUUUUCGUGAGUCCCGUUUUCACGCUAUAUAUUGUCCGAUUGCACUUGUGCAGUUUCAUUUGGAUUAA